CGGUGCGAGGCCCCCUCCGGAAGGUGAGGGGAAUGGAUUGGACUCCGGUGGGGAAAGCGGGUGUCUAGAAGUGGUGCUAAUGGGAAGAGAUUUCUGGUUUCAAAAGAGGAUGCUCUGCCACAAAGAGCGGCUCGCGCGCUGGCCUGGGCUCUAGCCGAGGAGAGAUCCCGGGAGAACUCCGGAGCUCGCGGGGAGCGCUCCUCGGAAGACCGGGGUCAACAUGCCUGUUCGCAGGGGGCAUGUGGCACCACAAAACACAUUUUUGGGGACAAUCAUACGGAAAUUUGAAGGGCAAAAUAAAAAAUUUAUCAUUGCAAAUGCCAGAGUGCAGAACUGUGCCAUCAUCUACUGCAACGAUGGGUUCUGCGAGAUGACUGGUUUCUCCAGGCCAGAUGUCAUGCAAAAGCCAUGCACCUGCGACUUCCUCCAUGGGCCCGAGACCAAGAGGCAUGAUAUUGCCCAAAUUGCCCAGGCGUUGCUGGGGUCAGAGGAGAGGAAAGUGGAGGUCACCUACUAUCACAAAAAUGGUUCUACUUUCAUUUGUAACACUCACAUCAUUCCAGUGAAAAACCAAGAGGGCGUGGCUAUGAUGUUCAUCAUUAAUUUUGAAUAUGUGACAGAUGAAGAAAAUUCUGCUUCCCCAGAGAGGCUAAAUACAAUAUUACCAGUCAAAACUGUAAACCGGAAACUUUUUGGGUUCAAGUUCCCUGGUCUGAGAGUUCUCACUUACAGAAAGCAGUCUUUACCACAAGAAGAUCCCGAUGUGGUAGUGAUCGAUUCAUCUAAGCACAGCGAUGAUUCCGUAGCCAUGAAGCACUUUAAGUCUCCUACUAAAGAAAGCUGCAGCCCCUCGGAAGCAGAUGAUACAAAAGCCUUGAUACAGCCCAGCAAAUGUUCCCCCUUGGUGAAUAUAUCCGGACCUCUUGACCAUUCCUCUCCCAAAAGGCAAUGGGACCGACUCUAUCCCGACAUGCUGCAGUCAAGCUCCCAGCUGACUCAUUCCAGAUCAAAGGAAAGCAUUUGUAGUAUACGGAGGGCUUCAUCGGUUCAGGAUAUAGAAGGAUUCAGUGUCCACCCCAAGAACAUAUUUAGAGACCGACAUGCCAGUGAAGACAAUGGUCGCAAUGUUAAAGUUUCACGUUCCUGGAUGGCAGGGGGGCCUUUUAAUCAUAUCAAGUCAAGCCUCCUGGGAUCCACGUCGGAUUCAAACCUCAACAAAUACAGCACCAUUAACAAGAUUCCACAGCUCACUCUGAAUUUUUCAGAUGUCAAAACUGAAAAAAAGAACACAUCCCCUCCUUCUUCAGAUAAAACCAUUAUUGCACCCAAAGUUAAAGAUCGAACACACAAUGUGACAGAGAAAGUUACCCAGGUUCUCUCUUUAGGAGCAGACGUCCUACCAGAAUAUAAACUGCAGACACCACGCAUCAACAAGUUUACAAUAUUGCACUACAGUCCUUUCAAGGCCGUCUGGGAUUGGCUUAUUCUGCUGUUGGUCAUAUACACUGCUAUAUUCACUCCCUACUCUGCAGCCUUUCUCCUCAAUGACAGAGAAGAACAGAAAAGACGAGAAUGUGGCUAUUCCUGUAGCCCUUUGAAUGUGGUAGACUUGAUUGUGGAUAUUAUGUUUAUCAUAGAUAUUCUAAUAAACUUCAGAACAACAUAUGUAAAUCAAAAUGAAGAAGUGGUAAGUGAUCCAGCCAAAAUAGCAAUACACUACUUCAAAGGCUGGUUCCUGAUUGACAUGGUUGCAGCAAUUCCUUUUGACUUGCUGAUUUUUGGAUCUGGUUCUGAUGAGACAACAACACUAAUUGGUCUUUUGAAGACAGCUCGACUCCUUCGUCUUGUGAGAGUGGCCCGAAAACUUGAUCGAUAUUCAGAAUAUGGGGCUGCUGUUCUAAUGCUCUUAAUGUGCAUAUUUGCCCUGAUUGCUCACUGGCUGGCUUGCAUUUGGUAUGCGAUUGGGAACGUAGAAAGGCCCUACCUGACUGACAAAAUCGGAUGGUUGGAUUCCUUAGGACAACAAAUUGGGAAACGUUACAAUGACAGUGACUCAAGUUCUGGGCCAUCCAUUAAAGACAAAUAUGUCACAGCACUUUAUUUUACCUUCAGCAGUUUAACGAGUGUAGGAUUUGGGAAUGUGUCGCCUAACACCAAUUCGGAGAAAAUCUUUUCAAUUUGUGUCAUGUUGAUUGGCUCACUAAUGUAUGCAAGCAUUUUUGGGAACGUAUCAGCAAUUAUCCAAAGACUAUACUCCGGAACUGCCAGGUACCACAUGCAGAUGCUGCGAGUAAAAGAGUUCAUUCGCUUUCACCAAAUCCCCAACCCUCUGAGGCAACGGCUUGAAGAAUAUUUCCAGCAUGCAUGGACUUACACCAAUGGCAUUGACAUGAACAUGGUCCUAAAGGGUUUCCCAGAAUGUUUACAAGCUGACAUUUGUCUACAUCUCAACCAGACUUUGCUGCAAAACUGCAAAGCCUUUCGAGGGGCAAGUAAAGGUUGCCUUAGAGCUUUGGCAAUGAAGUUCAAGACCACCCAUGCACCUCCAGGAGAUACCCUGGUUCACUGUGGGGACGUCCUCACUGCACUUUAUUUCUUAUCCAGAGGCUCCAUUGAAAUCCUCAAAGAUGACAUUGUGGUAGCUAUUCUGGGAAAAAAUGAUAUAUUUGGAGAAAUGGUUCAUCUUUAUGCCAAACCUGGAAAGUCUAAUGCAGAUGUAAGAGCUCUCACGUACUGUGACUUGCAUAAGAUCCAGAGAGAAGACUUGCUAGAGGUUUUGGACAUGUAUCCUGAGUUUUCUGAUCACUUUCUCACAAACCUAGAGUUGACUUUCAACCUAAGGCAUGAAAGUGCAAAGGCUGAUCUCUUAUUACAAUCCCAGUCCAUGAAUGAUUCUGAAGGAGACAACUGUAAACUACGCAGAAGGAGAUUGUCAUUUGAUAGUGAAGGAGAGAAAGAUUUUGGCAAAGGAAGCACUACAAAUGAUCCCGAAGACUCUGUAGAUACCAUAAGACAUUAUCAGAGGUCCAAGAAACACUUUGAAGAGAAAAAAAGCAGAUCUUCAUCUUUCAUCUCCUCUAUUGACGAUGAACAAAAGCCUCUCUUCUCAGGAAUUGUAGAUUCUCCUCCAGGAAUAGGGAAAGUAACUGGACUUGAUCUUGAAGAAACAGUACCCACCUCAGGAAGAAUUCCCAUAGAUAAAAGAAGUCACUCUUGCAAAGAUAUCGCUGACACCAGAAGCUGGGAAAGAGAGACUGCCGGAACUCAGGCUGAUGAGUCUAGUCCCUCAGCGCUUCCGCGAGCUGCCUGGGGCAUCUCUGAAACCGAAAGUGACCUCGCCUACGGAGAAGUGGAGCAAAGAUUAGAUCUGCUCCAAGAACAGCUUAACAGACUUGAAUCCCAAAUGACUGCAGACGUCCAGACCAUCUUACAGCUGCUGCAGAAACAAACCACUGUGGUCCCCCCAGCCUACAGUAUGGUAACUACAGGAACAGAGUAUCAGAGACCCGUCAUCCGCCUGAUGAGAACCAGUCAUCCGGUAGCAUCCAUCAAGACGGAUCGAAGUUUCAGUCCUUCCUCACAAAACAUCUGGGAAUGAGCCCUGUAAUCUCCAUCUUAAACAAGCUCCCCAACCCUGACCUUCACUCCCGAUUCUUUUGCUCAUUUAAACUUUGGGAACAAUGGACCUAGAAGAAUGAUCUUAAAACACUAGUAUUUUUUUUUUAAAGAAAAAGCUUUUUUUCAAAUAUCGAUCUACUUAAGUUUAUAAAUGGUAGAGCUUUGAAAGCUAAGGAUUAGCCCUGGGUCCAAAAAAUGCUUCAAAUAAAGGUUUGUAAUUUGCUCUAGUGACAAGAGGCACCCUUGAGCAGGGUCUCAGGAAGGAAGGGGCAGAGAAAUAGCAGCAAUAACAAGCAAUAGCAAGACCUGAGAUCCAAGUGUAAUCAGACUAGUAACCACAUCUGUGCCCCACCCAUCACCAGGGAGCUCUAAACUUUUCUCACCUUGGUGAUGGUAAGAGGAAUGUUAGUGUCCUUAUCUUUCCUCUGAAGUCCUGUGAGGAACCCUUUGAAUUAUGUUAAUAUGAAAAGUCCAACUCCUUUGGAAUUCUAUUUUGGGAAUCAUUCUUAAUUACUUAAACACUGUGGCCAAACUGGACCUAAGAACAAUGAUUUAAACAAGAAUUUACAGAACUAUCUUGUAAAAACUUUUUUAGACGUUUGGGAAUUGAGUGCAAAAUGCUCUGGGGAAUGAAACUAUAUUAAUAGCACGAGGUAAUGUGACUGAAGGAAAAUAAUGCAAUUUUUCUAAAAUAUGAAAGCAUAAUUUAUCUCGAGUUUUGAAUGGCUGAGAAACAUGCAAAACCAUGUACUUUGUUUUUUGCUUUCAGUGGAUUUAGAUAAUAUUUUCUGCCAAGGGAUGGGUGAUUUUCCUUCCUUUCUUUUUUCUUUCUCCUUGUUCUCCAAAUGUACUCACCCAAUGACCCACCUUUUUGAUCCCAGUUUUGUUGGGAAUUUUGAAUUAAAACGCAUCUGGAAAACUCAAUGUGAAAUAUUGUGUUUAAAAUAAUAAUAAUAAUAAUCUGAUAUGGCUUCAAAGUAAAAUUAAAGAUCUUGGAAUGGUUAUAUAGGAUUAUCUAAACUGAUACCUGACCUUCAG